AUGCCACCGUUAUUCAUAGUUAUCACCUUUCUCUUUUCCACAGUUUUUCGGAUAUCACAGGUCAGUUUCCUCGCCUUCUUUAUCUAAUAAGCAAGAAUGCUUAGAAGUUUUUGUACUUCUAGACGUUCCCGUUUCAAAAAUCUCAAAUUUUCAGAGUAUACACCAUCACUUGAAUGAAGAAGAGCUCAGGCAAGUAUUCGGUGUCUCCAACAAACAUGAUGUACAUAAGUUAUAUUCCUCCCAGCCUCCUCAAAUUUUCAUAUGUUCCAGGUUCCCGAGUACAGUCUCAUUGAAGCCACCCGACAUCCGCUCAAAAAUGGAGAUCUCAAAAUGAAGUUUGUCGCUUGGAAUGACACGUAUCAUCUGAAUUUGCGCAAGAAUUCGCGAAUCGUCAGCCCACACGUCGUAAGUUUUGCAUGUUUGAAUGACCUUCGAUUCCUUGAAAGGAAGCUUAUCAUUAGACUUGAAAGGGAUAGUGCCUAGCAGCUUUCUCUUUUUUCGCUUCCAUCGGGUUGCGGGUGUUGCGUGAACGUUCUUCUUCUUCUUCUUACGCAAUAUCGCUUUGAUCCUAUCACUCUCCCUUUCAUUCUAAAUUUGUCUGGGCUGGGAAGAAGAAGAAGAAGAAUGAAUGAAUGAAUUCAGCGAAAAGUGUUGAUUCAGAAGCUUCGACUUCGUUUACACUUUUACAACUACCACUUUAUGAGUCAUCUCCAAGAAUCGUCUCGUUUUUGUAGAUAUCUGUAAUUCGACACGGCGACAAUGACGUCACCACUUACGAAGGCCUCCGUGACUACCAACAGUGUCAUUACCAGGUGCGGGAAACGGAAUAAAAGACUUUUGAAAUCGAUCUGUAACUGUUGACUGCGUUUUUGUAGGGAGAAGUCAAAUCACAUGGGAACAUGAAAGCCGCCAUAUCCGAUUGUGGCGCUUUGAUGGGUUCGAUUGUGAUGGAGGAUCAUUUUCUGGUGCUGCAAACGCUGCCCAAACGGGUUCACCAUCUUCAGGUCGGUGUUUGUAAGCCGCUUAGGGGCAGCUACCAGCAUUUCGUUCGCUUUUUCCUUACUUUGAUGCCGGCCGAAGAAAAACGAAAAACGAAAAAGGGGCCUAAUCAUUGUUGUCACGAUCCGGGCCGGGCCGUAGAAAAAAUCUUUUCAGAAAGAAAGACACUUGGUAUUUAAAAGAUCUGCGGGACUCUUGACAGACGCGGAGAGCAAAAUCAGAGAAGAAAUCACGAGACUUCAAGAGGAACAAGAAUCGUUCUGUGAUACCAGUGAGCAGUUGGAUGAUCCCUCGAUGAGUGAGUGUUCCAAUUAUUUUCAUUUCAAUGUGUUGCAACGCCGACUCAAACCCCGCUUCCCGCUUACCCCUAACCUAUUGUUUGUUAUUCAGCUAUUCCAGCCCAUCUUCAUUUCAACUACACCAUCCCCACUUCUGCCCAACUCGAUUCUCCAUUCAUUUUUCCGAACAUGGAUCCAAUCACUCUUGAAAUCGGGUUGUUUCUGGAUUCUAAGCUGUUUGAGCAUUUUGAACGGUAGUUUCAAAAGAAGAUGUACGAAAUAAGUCAAUUAACGUUUCAGGGAGUACAUUCAAGACGCUGAGCAACAUUUGCUCGAGUUUUCGUUGGCUCUGAUCAAUAAUGUGCACGUUUUGUACCAGCAAGAAACGCUGACCCCGAAUUUGGAUAUUGUUAUUGUUCGGUAUGAAAUGUGGAAAACCCAGCCGGUAAGUAUAGCCUUAAAGAGAGAAAAUCAUUUUUUUUCAUUAACAGAGCGCUUUGAGCACAGGAGUGCACAAGAAUGGUCAAGCACAGAGCCUUCUCGACGCCUUCUGCCGUUAUCAAGCACACAUGAACCCCGGAACAGAUUUGACAGACAUGAACCACUGGGACCAUGGAGUACUCCUCACCGGUUACGAUAUCUACCACACAACAACGUCUGUAGCUGGAGUUGCGCCCGUCGCACGAAUGUGUGAUCCGUUGUUUGCUUGUUCUCUUGUCGAGGGUCUCCAUCUCGGAAGAUCAUUCGUUCUUGCCCACGAAAUGGGUCAUAAGUGAGUUCAUUUUUCCCAAACACACAUCACGUUUGUUUUCCAGUAUGGGUAUGGUGCACGACGGAGUUCAGAACCAAUGCAACAAGGGUUGUUGUUUGAUGUCCGCGGUGAACGGAGCCGGAAAGACUACUUGGUCGGACUGCUCGGUCAGAGAGUUCAACGCAUUCCUGCUUCAAUUGGAGUUUGUUUAUUUCAUUUCAUUUCCUGCGCCAUAUCAAACUGAUUAAUUUCAGUGAAUCGGGUCGCGGCAACUGCCUCCGAGACGCGUCCCCGGGUCUCAUUUCCACGAAUCAUCUGAGUGACACUCGUUUACCCGGUCAACGAUUCACUGCUGAUCAGCAAUGCUCGUACUUUUGGGGGCGCGACUAUAAGGUCGAGAUUCCCAACGGAAAAGCGAUGGAUGUGAGAAGUGCUCAUUAGAUAUUCAUGCAUAAAUUCGGACUUUAGGAUAUCUGCCGUAUUCUGUGGUGUGGGAAUAGCGGAUCGACCAUUUCAACGGCGCAUCCGGCGCUGGAAGGAAGUUGGUGCGGAACCGAUAAAGUGAGAAACAUUUGAAAAACAAACAUAUAUAAAGUAAAUGGGUUCAGUGGUGUCGCAAAGGACAAUGCUCUCCAUGGCUGUUUGGUCUCCCGCCAGUUCCCAUUGAUGGUCAGUGGAGUGACUGGGGAGGAUCUGAAAAGGGAUGCCCCAUACAGCAGUGUGCAGUAUCCGGCAGCAUAGUUGUACAGGCACAGCAUCGAGAUUGCGUCAAUCCUGCGUAUGUUAUACCAUUUUUAUAGUUUCCUAUUUAAAACUCCAAUUUCAGUCCAAACAAUGGCGGAAAAAGUUGUGAGGGUGCAAACAUUCGAGGAAUUGUGUGCGGUGCCACUAGCAGUAACUGUUUGGGUUUCACUCGCGAGGAGUUUGGAAGUAAAAUAUGUUCUUCCAUCAAAUACGACCCACACAAGCCCGACCAACAGUUGACCGGAGAAGGGUUUGAGCGUAAGUUACAUUUUCAACGACCCAUGAUAACGAAAACUAUGUAGUUCUAGCUGAACUUAGAAUUUGUGACUUCAACUCACUUUUUGCUACACACUAGCCAGUUCAAAUUUUUACUUGCAGACUCAACUCAACCUUGCCGUGUCUGGUGUCAUUUGAUUGGCUCAGAACUGAUCCGAAACAAAGGACAAUUCCCCGACGGAACCCCAUGUGGAUACGACUCUUAUUGCGUCGGCGGACAGUGCCUAGCGCUUUCGUGCGACAACAAAGCGCUUGUGGAGCAACAAGAAGACUGCCCGAGACUAGAAGGACGAAGUGUUCAUCAGUGGGAAGAGUGGUCUUCCUGGUCGGAUUGCAGCGUGUCAUGUGGACCCGGUGGUCGGCAAGUCAGAAAGCGUGAAUGCUCAUCGGGCAGAAAGUGUCAAGGAGUGUCGGAAGAAUCUCGGGCGUGUGAAGGGAUUCUACGCGACUGUGAAGAGUUUGGAGAAUGGAAAGAAUGGGGAGCAUGUAGUGAGAGAUGUGCUCUCGGAAUACAAAAACGUUUCCGUGGGUGUCUCACUGAUGCUUGCUCCAGUGAGCAUUUGCAGGAGACAAGACCGUGUGAUAACGUGAGCAUCAUGUUGUUACCAUUAUUCUGAAAAUAUUGCUUUAGGAAGGGUGCUGGACAAACUGGGAUGAAUGGUCGUCGUGCUCUCAAUCUUGUGGUGGAGGUCGCAGAUAUAGAAUCCGGUAUUUGAGAAAAACUGAUUUCCAACCAGUACCUCAUUCAGAAAAUGUCUCGAUGACAAAUGCGAUGGUGAUGAUCUUGAAAAGGAAUCAUGUAACACUCAGAAAUGUGUGUCCCAAUCAUGGGGUGACUGGCUGCCGUGUUCAGUAUCUUGUGGAAUCGGAUUCCAAAUCAGGGAAAGAUUGUGUGACGGACAACUGUGUCCGACGGCAAACAAACAAGCAAGGACAUGCAAUCAACAGGUAUCAGUCAACAGCUCAAAGAAAAAAGGAUAAUGGUUGAUUUUCAGCAAUGUCCAUCCGUAUUCUCAGUGGCAGUUUGGAGCGAAUGGGGAGAAUGGACGUCCUGCACAGCGACUUGCGGAGAAGGAACUCAAUCGAGAGAAAGAGCGUGCCGUCGCGGAUCUUGCACCGAGUCGGAUUCCUCCCAACUUCGUCGUUGUGUCAAUGGUCCUUGUGAGCAUUCCUAUGCUGCUUGGUCUGAAUGGACCGCCUGUGAGACUUGCUCUUCGUUCGACAGCAGAAAACGAAUAGCCAAGUGUGAUGGAACAACUGAAAAUUGUCAAGGUUAACAAAAUAACUGUUCGAUUCCCCUAUCAACUAGAGAGUUCAGAUAAAAUCGACGAGGAAACUUGCGACAAUGCAUGUCUUCGGGAGCAAACUUCAUUCGGCCCCAUUCACCCAAAAAGACCAAAGAUAAUCACGAGUAAUGAUUUGAGAAAGGUACGCUGAACAGAGUACACGUUUUUGUUUUCAAUCAAGUUUUUUUGGUUCAGGCGUUUGGUCGUCCUCUUUUCCCAAUCGAAUCUAUCCAAUCUUCGAACUGGGGCGAAUGGGGACCGUGCAGUGUGACUUGCGGUUCCGGAAAACGUGUACGAACGCGGGAAUGCGAGCGAGGAAGUUGUUCUGACGAGGACACUCAAACGGAAGAAUGCCAUCUGAACAGUUGUUUGGAGUUAUUCGUAUGGAGUGACUGGUCAACAUGCUCAAAGUCUUGUGGAUUGAAUUCUGUUCAGACAAGACAAAAACUGUGCCUUUUCAACAAUGCCGAUGUACGUUUAAGCUCAAAAACAUUAUGAUAUGUGUGUUUCAGUGCUCAAGCUACGCAGAGAGCAGACGGUGUCAAAAUCUGCCGCCCUGCACCACUUCAAUCCGUCUGUCUAAUGCCAUCUCAGGAAAUUCGUUUGACGCGCCGCACUGGUCGGAAUGGUCUUCGUGGAGCGCGUGCUCUUGCUUCUCAUUAACCUCCACUAGACGCCGUUUCUGUCAAGUGGCCGACCCGACGGUCCAAGGAUUCUGUGCGGGUGCAAUCUUAGAGCAAAUCCCUUGCGCGCCUGGUGUACGUUAAUCCCAUCAUCCGCCUAAUUCCCUCCCAUCUGCAACAGACCGUUUAUAGAGUUGUUCGCCAUCUGCCGGCGGAUGGUCAACGUGGUCGGAAUGGUCGUCGUGCUCGAAAGACUGCGGAGAUACCGGACACCAAAUUAGGAAUCGCAUGUGUAGUGAACCGAUACCCUCGAAUCGCGGCGCCUAUUGUUCGGGCUACUCAUUUGACCAGCGACCAUGCAUGAUGGAUAAUGUGUGCAGUGACGAGAAGGUUGACGGCGGAUGGACCGACUGGACAUCAUGGAGUGAAUGUACCGAUUAUUGUAGGAAUGGUCAUAGAAGCAGAACAAGGUAGGUAGAAUAAUUGGAACGAUCAAAAGUGGAGGAAGAACUGGAAAUUGCAAACGGAUGCUUUUCAGAUUCUGCGCAAAUCCGAAACCUUCUCAAGGUGGAGCUCAAUGCUCCGGCUCAGAUUUUGAACUUCAUCCAUGUUUCGAUCCCGCCAGAUGUCAUUGUAAGUUUACCGAAAGUAUCCAAUAUAUAUCAUCAGUUUUUCCUUAUUUAUACAUAUCACUGUCACUUUUUUUCAAUUUCCACCACUUUUUGUUCACUUCAUUUCCCUUGCAUGCAUUUUCCAGUAAGAGAUGGCGGCUGGUCAAGUUGGUCGGACUGGACAACUUGCUCAGCAUCUUGCGGAUUUGGCGUCCAAACACGAGAUCGGACGUGUAGUUUUCCUGAACCGAGAGGCGGACAAUCAUGCACAGGAUUAGCACACCAAACGUCUCUUUGUGAUCUUCCUGCAUGUGACUACGGUAUCUCUCUUCCUUUUUUUUUGUUUUGCAUGGCUUUGGCAAAAUUUUACGUUUUAAUACCGUGCAAAAAAAGAAGCAAAUAGGGUUUGAUUUCAGAGAGUGACGGCGAGUGGUCAGCAUGGAACGAAUGGUCACAUUGCAUGGGUAACUGCGGCGUUGGCACACGCACUAGGUUUGUUUUGAAGAAAAUAAAUGUGGGAAUCGACUGCAUUAUUCGAGAAGCAAGUCCCCUCCCCUCGUCUAUCUAAUUCCAAUUCCCUAGAAUGCAAUGAAUCAGAUAGGGAUCUCAUUUCAUACGUUUUCCCUUGCGUACACGGACACACUCUUGUAUACUUAGGCUAAUGUAUUCAUAAAGCUGUCGCAAGACGGAAAAGCGUUAAAGGGAAAGGGAAGAAAAUUAAGUGCAUUUAUACGCCCCUCAUCAGAAAUUCAAUACAUCCAUCAAGCCGCCUCCGGCUGCUCGCCCACUGAACCAUGCUUCCUUUCUCUUAGGGCAAUAAUAGUAAUUGGACACAUACAAACAGAGGGCACGCAAAAGGUUGAUAAUUGAAACUGGGUCCCCGUUGCUUUCAUAGUGAAUUAGCACAGCAAACAGGGUAAUUUGCUCUUUGUGUAGUUUCUCGAUGAAUAAUUAGGCACCAAAGUGGAAUGAAUUGCAGAGUACGAGCGUGUGUCAGCCCGCCGGCAAGUCACGGAGGGCAGCCGUGCUUUGGCAGGUCGUCCGAGAUAA